UGAAGACUACACAUGCAUCUCUGUUUAAUAUUUUUUCUUUGUGCCGUUGUGUACGGCAUAAACCGUAUCUCAGAGCCAGAUUUGAAGGCUGUUAACUUUGCUGACGAGAUAGAGAGGAAAAAGCUGGAUGGAAGCCUCAUAAGAGAGGUAGAGGUUGAUUCGGAAAGUUCCUGUCAGUUAGAGUGUUUAGGUAAAGAGCGAUGUCAGUCCUACAACUUUGGAACCAUAAUGGGUGACUCAAAGAAAUUCAAGUGUCAACUAAGCGGCUCUGAUCGAUUUGCUGGAUUUGCUAACUUUACUGAAGAUAACGAUUUCAUUUACAGAGGAAUAAAGGUAUUUGACGUACUUUUUCGUAAUGUUACAGCAAUAGCCAUUGCCUUGGUGAAAGACUCUUAGUAUCGUAAAUUGUAGGUGAAUUUGUUCAGAAUAUCUUCUAAAUUUACUGUCAGCCUUAUCAUUCAUCGAACCAAUUUAGAAUCGUAGGAAAGGUCGUUUCGCAACCUCAGCGGGGUGGAAAAAUUUAUGUUUGAUAAAACGGGGUCCAAUAAUUUAUUGGGAAAAACAAAAGAAAUGAAAAGUGGGCAAAGAAAGCCAAUGAAAGGAAAACAUCUUUAAUUAUUUUGGACUGGUCCUUCUCGAAGGUUCUAUCCAGGGUGACUAUUUUGACCCUUUGAUGAAGAUUCUCAUUUCUCAAACGUUUUGCGAAAUGUUGUGCGGUGCAAGACGCGAUGUAAACAAACCAUACAAUUGAAAACACAUUACAGGAGGCCUAUGGGCUAUGAAAAUAAUGUGACACCUUUGCUAAAUAUUUUGAAAAAAUAUUUAAAUAUCGAUAUUCAUCUGUCCCAAAAUUGCCAGAAGCGAUGUAAACAAACUAUGCAAUUGAAGAUCAUAGACUAACGCCGGCGAUAACACACUAUCAAUCAAUCAAUCAACUUUGUUUAGUGUCUAAAACUUCGGCCGACUAAUCGGGGACACUCCCAAUAAAAUUACAAAUGAAUUAACUUAAGUUAAGAUAAGUGAAAAUUAGCUAGCACUUGCUAAAAUAUAUAUAAAUAUCUAGAAUUCCAUUUAUAUUUUAAAAUACGGAUUAAAAAAUAAUAAUUUCUACCUAUACAACAAUAUACAAACUUUAAGUAUGUCUAAAAUUCUAAACACACUUCGGACAAUUCCCUGUACAGACGUACUUUGAAACUAGGUUCGCGAGGUCUUUUCUGCAGAUGUUUGAGAUAAAUGAUGUUAGAGUUUGCAUUUGUCUGUCGCUAUGUCCAAGUUUUGACCACAAAUAUGGUCCGAGUGAGGGAAUGUUUGAGGCUUUUGGGAUGUAACAUGGCGCCUGUCGCUAAAUCUAUUCAAACUAAACAAUGUCACUCUUAACUGUCUGAACAAAUAUCGAUAUUCAUCUGUCCCUAGGGUAUUCAUGCUUUUAUUUCUCUGCUCUACCACUCACGAAAGUUACUCAGAAUCCGUGUUUUAAUGUCUCUCUACAUAAGAACUAUGCGGAAGUCCCAGUAGAGAGUUGCAUGUUGUUGUCCAUGAUCGACGACAAAAUUAAUACGUUAAAUAACAUUGGUCUUAUUUUUAACAUCAAUUUUGUUCGAGAAUGUUUUUGCGUCCUUUUACCUGGCUUAAUCCAUUUGGAACGUCUCAUCGACGAAAAAUUUCGAUUCCUUUUAUCUCUUCUUUGAAAGAACCCCCCAAAGAAAGUUUAAGAAGCACUUGAGAAAUACAUACCCUUUAAAAACCCUUUUUAUUUGAUAUAAAGAAUAAUUCAUGUAAAGGGAAUUUUUCUUCACAGAGCGCUUGUGAGGAGGACAGUUUUCAAUGUGGCGAAAAAGGAAUUUGCAUUCCCAACUAUAAUGAUGGCAGCGUAAGAUGCAAAUGUGACGGUGGCUAUACUGGAAAACCCUGCAGUAAGUUUAGAUGUCACUUUGUUUUACUAUUUUACAAGAACUAUUUUAUAAUCCUCUUCAUUUUCCUCUCAAUAGAAGCGAGAAGUUGCUAUCAAUUGUUUCAAGAUGGUCUCAAUUCCGGUGGUGUGUACACCAUCAAUCCAGAUGGCGGUAAACCGAUACAAGUACUGUGUGAUAUGAAUACGGACAGUGGAGGUUGGACUGUUUUUCAGAGACGUUUGGACGGCUCUGUUGACUUCUAUCGCGGAUGGGAAUCCUACAAAAACGGCUUUGGAAAUCUGAAUGGUGAGUUCUGGCUCGGAAACGACAAUGUACACCGUUUGACAGACUCUGAUGACGUCAUGUUGAGAAUUGACUUGGAAGACUUUGAAGGGAAUAUCGCCUACGCCGAGUACACGACUUUUAAGGUGGCAGACGAGGCCGACAAGUACCGGCUUUUGAUUGGAGGAUACAAUGGUACUGCUGGUGACUCUAUGGCUGAAGGACAUUCCCUAAGGUAAAGGAAAUCGGAAUCACAAAGUGCCAAAGGAAUAUUAUUUAGAUUCGGUGUUUGCCCUCGAUUACUAAUUGACCUUAACCCUAUGGCUUUCGAUUGGAGGAUAUAAUGGCACGGUUGGUGACUCUGUAACUGCAUUACUGACUAACCCUAACCGUAUGAGUAUUAACAUAUCGAUUGAAAAAUUGUUUAAUAGGAGGGAUGAUUAGUGGAAACAAUAUUAAACUUAAUGAUUAAGAGACUGACUGAAUGAUUGAUUGACUGAUAAAUUGAACGAUUAAUUGACUUAUCAAUUAAAUGACUGAUUGAUUAACUGAGUGAUUGACUUAUUGCUUAAUUGAUUUCCUGAUCGAUUGACGGAUUGAUUGCCUAAUUUUUUAAUGAUUUCUCAUAGCAAUAUGUCGUUUACGACGAAAGAUGAGGAUAACGACUUUAGCGGUCAGAACUGUGCACUGUUGUUCAAAGGAGCUUGGUGGUACAACGAUUGCCAUCAUUCUAACCUCAACGGCUUAUAUCAUGGAGGAUUAUUCAGUGAUUCGCCUGCAAAUGGUGUCUCUUGGAAUUCUUUCAGAGGAGCUUGGUACUCCCUGAAACGUUCCGAGAUGAAAAUGAGGCCUUCAAACUGAAAAUAACUAAAUACUGCUCAAAGCUGUGCUUUACAGUUUCAUGGUGGAGUACUAUCACAGACACGGAGCAUUUAUAAUUAAAGCUAACAGUAGUUAAUGUUCAGGAUAAUAGGUCCUAAAUAUAUAUAGCAUAGUCAAUUUGUUUUCCCUUAUCAUUGAGGCUAAUUUAAGGCCCCAAUUGUGAAAAAGAUAGCCAGUUUUUAGACUUACCACAUCUCUUUGAGUUUAUGGCUUUAGUAAAUUCAACUAGUUUGUUGAAAAAGAAUGGCUUCCAUCAGUGUUUAGUCUUGAUAAUUUAUCCCCAAAGAUGAACUCUAAGAGAUAGACAUCAUAUUUAACUGAGAUAUGUUUUAAGACUAAAAUUUUGGUCAGGAACAGUUGUGUGGGUUAAUAAAGAUUCGACUUAAAUUACUUGGUGUAAAGGGUGAGAUAGGUGGAAAUAUUAUACAGACUACUUGAAAUUGCCUCCUGAAGAAAGAAAAAUUAAAAAAAAACAAAAAAAAGUCUCACCCACAGCUGUACCACAGCUUCAUUUGGUUCCAGGCUAUGCACACGACAAAGCACUGCUCGAGUGGCUCUCAAGAAAGAUCCGCGAGCGAUGAUUUUCUUCACCAAUCGCUUGUGACUGGCCCAAGGAACUAGCACAAUAAAUCUAUUAGAUUGCGAAUAUGCAUUCUGUACAAGCGGGUGAACGACUUCACAGAACAUAAACUACCGCUUUGCACUUGUCAUUUAAACAAUUUUGUUUUGUUUUACAC